CGGUGCCAGGCCGCGUUGGUGCGUUGCAUAGCUGGACUUCCGGUCGGAAGAGGCGAGCAUAGCAUCGGCAACUCUUGUACCAAGCGAGGCGGCGAACGAUGCCGGAGCUGGUCGCAUAUCGUGGAGACGCGAGUCAGCGCGGUGCGGCUGUGGCGGCCAGGCACGUCCAUCAUCCCCGCAGCUACGCCGUAAGGUGGCAACAUUACUCUCGCGAGAGAGGUUUAGUUAGAGGUAGAGUUAGGCGCAAGGGGCAAUGCUACCGCUCGCGCGCCAACAACGCGCCGAGAGGGGAGGUUGUGUAGCGCUCUAGUAGCGUGUCAGCUAGCGAUGGAGGGGAUGAGCCGCCAGCGCUAGACUGAGCCAACCGCGACGCCUGGUGGGAGACGAGAGUCAUUCUUCGAUGGUGGGGGGAAUGACAAGGUAGAACGAGAGCGAGCGCUGCAGGCGAGACCGAGACAGAGAUAGAAGGCGGAGGGGGAGCGAGAGGCCGCCGAAAGCGCAUAGCGGCCCAUAAUUCGGUGCGCCGCCCCGCAAUCAGGUUCGUGCUUGAUGUUUCCAACCGCCUCGCUCGUCGCAGCCGGGAGAGAGAGACGGUAGUGCACGUUUUUACGUUUGCUCGUCAACUCCGUCGUCUAAGCACGGUCUCGGGUAUCGAAGCGCUCGGUGCUCGUUCGCGCCGUCACCUUUAUUCGUAUCUCGUUCUUCUCGGCUGCCUCGCGCGUCCCGUUGUUGUUUAUACUCCGGGCAGCUGGCCGACAGACACCCCGUUCGCGCGUCGCUACGUACGUUCAUACUCGCGGAACCGGAAGGGCAGCGGGUGUCACCGUGACGAAAAAGCACAGAAGUGUGAGGGAACAACCUGAAUCGGAGGAAGAAGACGCAGGAACGCGGUGGCUCUAUACGUUUAUCGCCGGCAGACUCGUGACAGGAUCGCGCGUCUGCCAGUCAGUCAACCAACCGACCAUUCAUUCGGUCGGUCGAUCAGUCAGUGCCGGGUUAUACACCACACACGUCCGCUAGUCACGAGUUCCUCGAUGGUAAAUAGCUCGAUCGUCUUAGCUUGGUUUCGUAAGUGAAGAGAGUACGAGAAUCUCGUGUUGUUACACGAUUUGUGAUCCUUCGACCAGGACUGUCGUUUGUUCCCCCGUGCUAAGCGCCCAAGGAAAUGUGCUGCCACGGACACGGCCCCAGUGAUUGAUGAAUUCGUGAUACUUGCGUUGAAUUCUCGUAUCUUUUUUUUUAUUUUUUUUUUUUUUUUUGGUGAUUGUGCUGGUUCGCUAAUGUACCUCGUCGUCAUCGGUAAGACGGACUUCUCAACUGCUGUCUUGCGUCGAUCGUUAGAACAUCAUCUUCCUGCUUCGCUGAUUCGUCCACGUCGUCACGAGAGGAGAGAUCAAGGCGGCUGAGUAGGAGGAGGAAGGAGCGAGAGAGGUCAGAAGAAGAGGAGCAAACGAGUGGGAAGCAGAAAGGUCGAGAAGGGCAUGAUAAGCAAGGACACGCGUGUUCCACGAAAAUCAGCCGACCUGGUGGACGAUAGUCGACCGUUGGGUGUCCAAAGACUGAGAAAGUAUCGACAGACUAGUCGUCGCGUUUCUCGACAACGAAUGUCGGAAUGACGCGUUUAUCGAGUCGUGGCAGGGCAGAGGGUGCAAGGACUUCGUUAAACGGGAGAAAGUGAUACGCGUCGUAGUUUGUGCCGGAGAAGGAGGUGGAAGAGUACCAGGACGGCGAAGGGUGAGGCGAAACGAGGAAACGCCCUGGGGAUCGUUAUAUUUUUUGCGUACAAGAACCGAUCGGGGGCUCAUUGUCUCAGCAUUCUCCGACAGCGGCGGAUAACGUCCUCUCGUCGGUAUCGCGAUGUCAUUACUAUGAGUUCCACCGUGUCGGUAGACUCGAAAUUUCCUUACACCUGAAUAGGGUACCAAGACCAUUCGACACGCCAAUCCACGUUCUACGACGCGUGGAAGGAAUCUGGUCAACGACAACACACCAGUGGACCAAGAACAAACAGAAGAAGACCGGGAAUUACGAUCGGCAGCCAGUCAUUGAUCCAACGACGAGAACAAGGCUACCAAAGAAUUUUCUAUUCGAAUACCAUUGGCGGGAAGAGGUGAACCGAUCGAAAGAAACCAGUAAUUCGGUGGAGUGAUAACGAGGUGACCUCGAGAAAAUCCUUGAUCACGUGCGACUCGCUGCGCGAGUUUGACCAAAGCAGUUGCGCGAGGACGCGGUCCAGGCUGUGUUGAAUAGGGGUUGAUAGGGAUAGAGGGGUGCGUGGUGAAACGGGACGAGAGGGUGAAGUGAAGGUGUCCUCGUGGGGUGCCAGAGUGAGCACGAUAGCACCUCUGGUGCCCUCGGCCGUGGGUCCCGAGGGGACGGACGCCAUGGCGGCCUCUUCGUCCUCGUCGAGCGGCGAGCAACAGUACUCACUCAGGUGGAACGACUUCCACUCGAGCAUCCUCAGUUCAUUUCGUCAUCUGAGGGACGAGGAGGAUUUCGUGGACGUGACACUGGCAUGCGACAGUAGCAGCUUUACCGCGCACAAGGUCGUCCUCUCUGCGUGCAGUCCCUACUUCCGGAGGCUUCUCAAGGCCAACCCAUGCCAGCACCCGAUCGUUAUCCUGAGGGACGUCGCCUCGUCGGAUAUGGAGUCCUUGCUGCGUUUCAUGUACCACGGCGAGGUCCACGUGGGCCAGGAGCAGCUGGCCGCUUUCUUGAAGACGGCGCAGAUGCUUCAGGUUCGAGGGUUGGCGGAUGUCAACAGCGCCGCCACCGCCAAGAUCCCACCUCCGUCGUCCUCGGGCGGCUACAACGGUAGCGCACCGGCGACGCCGCGCAAUCCUUGGCAAGACAACGGCAGGGGAGACUUGAACGAGAGCGGUUUAAGUCCGCCGCCGGAGAAGAGACCUAGAAGCAACACUCCAACGCUUGGUAAUCACGUCGAACCGAAAACGGACCUUCAGGACUCGCUUCUGGGGCAAGCUCUGGAAGGAGGACCCACGUUGCACACGACACCCACCAACAACGUACAGGCGCAGUCUACCGGUGAAGACUCGAAUUCCAUGUCGGACAACGAGGAGGAUAUGUCGAACAACGACAGCAUUUUGAACUCCGUCAAGACCGAGCCGAGCGAUAUCUUGAACGACUCCAUGGAACAUCAUCGUAACUCGUUUCCUGCGGCGCUUUUGGGACUACCAGGACUGAUACCAGGACCGUCCGGAAUCCACGCGGCGAAUCAGGAUCCAAAUUACGUCGCCCGGCGCGGUUUGGACAUGACGCGGGUUCGCGCCACAGAUCCACGACCCUGCCCGAAAUGCGGCAAGAUCUAUCGAUCUGCCCACACGUUGCGCACCCACCUGGAAGAUAAGCACACGAUCUGUCCAGGAUAUCGAUGCGUGUUAUGCGGGACCGUGGCCAAGUCGAGGAAUUCUUUGCACUCCCACAUGUCACGACAGCAUCGGGGCAUAAGCACCAAGGACCUGCCGGUGCUCCCGAUGCCCAGCCCGUUCGAUCCUGAUCUGGCCUCGCGUCUACUGGCCAAGGCGGGCGUCAAGGUGAGUCCUGCGGAAUUGCGUGCACGUGCUAGCCCCACGGGACCCAGAAGAGGGGACAUGAGGCUGGAGAUACCGCGGGGUGGGGCUCCGUCCGAGGCAGGCAGCAGCAUUUGUGGCGGCGACGACCCCGAGGACCUGACGCUGCCCCUGAGCUUGAGGUACGGCUCGCCGACGCCCAACAACAACACUGUGAUCACCAAAGUCAGUGGCAGCAACAGUAGUAGCAGCGCAAAGAACUCGACAGCGACCGCGAUAGCAGCCAAAUCCCUGGACACGAUGCACGGCAGUCGCGAGCCGAACAUGGCGCCUCUGCAUCCACCCGGUCACCUUCAUCCGAGCCAUCACAACACCAGCGCUACGGGAUCAGCGAUCCUGGACACUUACCUGCAGUUCAUCGCGGAGAACUCUGGCCUGGCGACGAUGGGACUGAGCCCCGAACAAGCUGCAGCCGUCGCGGCCGCGCAUGCCGCCAAAAUGGCUCACAUGAGUGGAAUGGACAAGCUAGGCCGCGGCAUGGAAGACUAUCCGAUGAUCGGGAGAGACGAGGGCCGAGGAUUGGGCGUAGUGCACGACGAGCGUCAGGACCUGAUGCAGGAUAGGCACGGCGUGCUUAUGGACGAUGGCGAGUCGUCGGGGGGCGAGGACGACGACUUCAGCGAGAACGAGGAACCGGAGAUCGUUAAGGCUGAAUAGGUAGCGCCUACGCGCGGGGGAACAUGUGACCUGUUCGUGACACGUGACCCGAUUAGGAAGUGCUUAAGGGGACCGUGCGCCUUGGAUUUAACAGAACCGGCCACGGUCUUCGUUCACAGUCAAAUCCAUCCACUACCUCAGUAAAGACUUACCCCUGUUUUCUUUUGUUGCGAGAGAUACAAUUUCCAAAGAAGAAGGAAGAAGACGACAACGACGCAGCACGAUACACCGAUCCCACCCCAUUCUCCAAACGUAGUUUGAUCAGAGAAACUUAAUCAUCCCUCCUUCGUGAAACGCGCACGAAACGAACGGUUGUUUUGUUGUCCACGUCAGCGCGACGUAUAUACAUUUAACACCCCGUUAAUAAUAUUCCAUCUGUCUACCUCAGUGAACACGAUAAACGAUAAGUGAUAAGGGCAGACCAAGACGAAUCUCAUGGACGAAGAAAAGAAGAAGACGACGCGAGCAGGUCGCGAGACGGCCAGCGAAAAGUAUCGCUGUGUCGUUCACGGUUUUACGGAAUUUAUAUUGGUCAAAGCAGGCGACGCUUCACAGGGCGUACUCGCAUGGAAAGAAAAAAUAGAGAGAGAGAGAGGGGGGGGGGGGUAGGGUGAGCGAGAAGCCAGGUGACGCCAGGGCAACUCUUUUAUUCUUUUCAUUUUCUAAAGGUUUAAAGAACGGUGCCCGUCGCGAGCACGCGACGCCCGAGAAGAUAUUAUAUUAUAUUAUAUUAUUAUUAUUAUUAAUAUUAUUAUUAUUAUUAUUAUUAUUAUUAUUAUUAUUAUUAUGAUAUAUGAAUGUUGAGGAAAAAAAUAUAUUGUCUAGAUUUAUAGUGAAGUUAGCGUACCACGAAAUGUACGUACACAUGCGAAGGAAAUCAUACAGACACACACGUACACACACAUUAGGUAACAAGUAGAGAGGGUACGUAUAGCGUUAGGAUUAGCACCCCAUAUUUUUUAGAAACGCGUGCAUUUCGAAAACAGACACAUGGCAUUACGUACACGAUACACUUUAAUACCACAUUCUUGAAUAAAUACGUACAGACACGUACGUUCGUACACGAGAAUACGGAAAAAGAUAGUAAGUUAUGACGAUAUGUGGAGAUCCCGUGUAAAAGUAUGCGCGGUCGUGUCUCAACGAUUAGUGGCGACGCUUGGAGCGCGACGAUUAUCGCGAUUGUUAAUUGCCUACUCGUUUUAUCGUAGGAAAUGAGACGGAAAGGAUGCAAACGGAACAAACUUUGGAUAGCGCACCGUGUCGAUCAGCGAACAAGAGAAAUUCGUUGGUUGAGAUGAAGGUUUAUUAUAUUCAGUAGUGGAUAGUAUUUCGCUAAAACGUGAAAUGUGAACAAAUAGUAGUUUUUUAAAAUCUUAAAUUAUCAUAUUUAAUAUUGAAUUUUGAGAAAUAUUAACUCCAGAACAAUUUUUCCAUUAACCCCUUCAAACAUAAUUUAUUUUCAAAUUAAUAUAUUUUAAAGUGUGCUUAAUCUAUAAAUUUAGCUAUACGUAAUGCACAUAUGUACCUACAUAAGUUUUUACGCGCUUUUUGGACACUGAUAACAAAAUUAACUUACGUUUGAAUAAUACUUAGCCUAGUUUAUACUAUUUUCUAAUUUCUCCCUUGUUUUUAGUUUUGAUUAUAAUUAUCUAUAUGGCAAUGUACACAAGACUUUGCUACAACUUAUUAUAUGUAAUAAAAAUAUUGAUAUGAAGUUUUAGAUGACAGAAAAGCUGUAUCAUAUCGUAUAUUAAUACUAUCUUUGGAGUUCGAUCAUGUUAAUACAAAAUCUAUCACAAUUUAUACUCAAAGCAAAAUAUUGUGGAUUUGACACGAUAAAGACAAUUGCAAUAGAUAACAUCAUCUUACGAUUCCAUAACAAUUUUAAUUUACUUGCUGCCGAAUAAAGAAAAUAUAUCGUCUCGUGUUCUGAGCUACGCGUUGUAUAUACGAGAACGUAGUUUAAUAACAAAAUACUGACUUACGCGAAACUAUCUUUGUUUGUUGCUUGAGACGGUGCUUUAUGCUAUCCUGAUAACGGAAUAGGCGGAGUAGCGCGCGAACUGCGACAAACUCUCGAAUCGAAGAAUCAAAAAAUCGAAUGUCGUCUGACAGACUGACGGUAUCCCAUUUAGAGUUCCUCCUUGAUCUUCUAUUCGAUCGUACUCAUCGUGCGAUCGACACUCGAAUCCCCAGGGCUUGCCAUGACUUUAUAGUACUUAAGCUUUCAACAUCGACCCUCGAGACGACACGAUUACCUUUAGACACGGCAUCUUCGUAGCCGAUUAAUUGCUCUAUCUUCUCAUUCGUCCAACUUGCGUAGAUUAGCGCAAACCAUAGAUUAGCGGAAGAUAAAUUUCUUUUUUUGAGGAAACGAAAGAGUUACGGAAACGUUUCGCGAGAAAGAACAAUGAAGAUACAAUCGACCGAGAAUCUCGAUCAGUUUUCCCACGUUUCUUUUACAGUUUUCUGAUGCCAUUGGUCGAAGUCCUUCCGCAUUCUUGAACGUGUCAUUAAUUUUUAUUCAUUUCAAUCAACGAUGCCCAGUCCCCCGUUAGCAUUACUUUGAAGUACACUAUACAUUUUUUAUCCUUUUCUAAUUUUUUUUAUAUCAGUCGACGAACGAAACGUGAUCGGUCUUGCCAUAUCUCCAGUUCAUCUAAGCGACGAUAAUAAGGAUGACGAAGAGAUCGAGUAGAUCGCAGCUGCGCGCGCGAUUUCGCGUUCAGGCUCGAGGAUAAAUCUUCAAAAUGGUUCCUACUAAUAAUACAUACACGAGCUACUUUGAUUCGCGAUAUACCUUCGUAGCCUAUACAUAUGGAGAAUACAUAUUAUAUAUAUAUACAUAAACACGUUAGACAUGUCUAGGGAAAAGAGAACAUUAGCAAUACCGUAGUGGCGCGGUUCUAAACGAAGGAUCAUUCGGUUUCAUUCGAUUUUAUUUUACGUGUUUUCUCGUUCUUUGCGUGCAUGGGGAAUGACAUCGAGAAAAUGAAAGAACCAUUAUGGCUGACGACUUAACGAGUUUCAGGUUUAGACUAUUACCUAGAUAAGUAGGUUGUACACAAUACUCGGAGUAUACUUAACCCCCGUAGACUGUAAGAGCAUUUUAUCGUUGAACGCAGGGAAGUCUUGGUGACUGCGUGUCACCGACCAGACGCGACGAUAUCUCAACUCUUGCGAGAAUACUUAUAUCGUGCGCAACGACGAUACGUCCAAUUAAAAAAAAAAAAAAAAGAAAGAAAAAGAAAAAAAAAGGAGUAAAGAAAAGUAGAAUUCGGGAAAUCAAAAGGAUCAGUCGACCGUGAAUCUUGUGGCGAGGUUUGAGAAACUUUUGAACAAGCCGCGUCGAACGCCAAUUUUUGGGAUGUUUCUGCAAUAUUUUGUUGGCGACCUGGGACGUACCACAGGACGGAAAGGAAUUCUUAUCCAAGACAAUAAUAACACGAACGUAUCGGAAGCAAACGGAUGGUGGACGUGUCAAAAUUACGGCGAAGAUUGGCGUAAUUGUUCGACGUAGACUCGGAAACGUAACGUGCGGGAUUUUCGAAUUUUUUAAACUUUAUAUUGUACAUAUACGAUGGUGUUUGUAUACGAUUGGAACAUUUGUAUACGAAUCGAAGACGGAGGCUUUGCAAACGGACUUGGCGACGAGAGUUCUCGACAACCGAAAUAUGUUUGCGACUCCAGUUCUCCGAAAUUUGUAAUUUUAAUACUUGUUGCUGUCAGAGAAAUGAAAUCAUCGCGCGUUCAACUCGCUACGGGAUCCACGGGUCUGGCUGAAUUCGUCGCGAAGUUACUGGGAAGCUUCGUAGAUAGACGUUUUUAUCGUGGAAGAGAAUGCGGGAAUGAUCGAUCGAGACGCGAGUCCAUGGUCUAAUCGGUACAAAAGGAACCACUUCUUGCCUUGAAGCUCUCUAUAUGUUACGGAUCAGGCGUGUCCCGAAACGAACGUAAGGGUAAAGAAGAUGCAAAAAAAAAGGAGAAAUUCAUUGAAACAAAAAAAAAUCUUUCAGAGUACAAAUUUAUCCGCGGUGUUUGCCGAGGAGGAGAAUCUAAAAUAAAAGAGAAACGCGAAACGAUCGAUAAGAGGAUACGAUCGAGGGAGGAAAGCUAAAAACUUAUCCGAACGCUGGACGAAGGGAGGAAAUCGAAAAUCGAAUCGUUUUUUCUCGUGCCAUUUUGUUCAAGAAUUUAGUCGAACCGGAAACUUGAAGCCUUUCGUUUCCCUUUCUUUGCCGCGUUUCGUUUUGUGACGCGGAUGAGAAAAAAAUUAUCUUAAACGGAAGACGAGUGCACGGAAAGUGUUCCUCGCUUCAUAAACCACCAUGACGAUCGUCAACGUUGACGGAAUGCAACAGUGAUCUCGUCGAUAGACUUUCUUCGUCUUUGUUUUGUUUCGUUUUUAUUUUUAUUUUUUUUUUUUUAAACUAUAAAUAGGAGCGACGAUUUCAUCGAUUGUCGCGUGAUACGCGUAUAAUACACACGUACAUACAUACACACGUUUACACUAGCAAAUCCAAACAGACUCGUUGAAUUCUAGAAAGGGACACAGACACACAUGCGCGCACGUAUACACUGACACAUGUACACACACGUUAAGAGAGCAUAUAAUAACAGGGUUGGCGGGGUACGUUCGCUUCCCCUACGGAGAAGAGACAACCAGAUAUAUUCACGCCCUCCCUCCUACAAAUCAUAGUUUUCUACGACAGUAUUUAUAUAGUUAUAUAUAUAUGUAUACAGACAGAAGCAUAUAUGUGUAUACCGAUUGUACAUAUACAUAUAAAUAUUUUUACACAGAGCCCCCGUGAGAGAAACCCCGCCACCCCCUGCCGGGUGUUGCAACCCCAAACGUUAAAGUAAUAGUCCGUUGAACAUAGUUCGCAAUAGUCACUUGGAAUGAUACCACCAACUACAGUAUUGCAAUAGUUGUUAGAGAGACAAUCGUGUUGCGUGAAAACCUCCCUUUCGCGACGAUUUCGACCGUUCUUCCGCCCAUGCUUGAACGUUUGGUCCUUGAAACCGAACAAAGAACACAGACUUCGAACCGAACAAAUAAAUUUAUACGUUAUUCCUAACUCAAGUACCGAAAAAAAUUACCGAGAGACUCUUCAGGCUUUCGUCGAGGACCAAACGUUCGACGAACACGAGGUAAGAAAGUUGUUAAAGAGGAGAAAAGUAUAUGGUCAACAUAGCUAACGCAUGGCAGUCUUGAGCUAAACGUAAUCCACGAUUAUGAUUACCGAGCGAACAGUAAUCGUGAUUAAUAAUUAUCGAAUAAUCGAACACGAUUAGCUUUGAGAGAUUACAUAUUACCAAUUCACGAUUGUAGAUUGCAAGUGCAUUGCGCACAUUAAUUCGGUGCCUUUGAGUUUGUAUCGUAAUUACUAAUCAAAUUUGAAUGUUUUCCCGACCUUUGUGGAUUCAAAGCGUUAUCGAUUAUGAUUACAUCAGCCCACGGGAUGGAAGUAUCAAUGGCGAUCUAUCAAACGAACUGAGUAACGCGAAGGUUCUAGUGGCAUUAUUCCUUCUGGACAAUUUUUACGGUGCACUUCGUGCUCUUUGCAUUUCACACUGAAAAAUGUCUCGGUGAAGAUACCGUGACUUAAAAAAUUUAAAAUACUAUUUCAAACUUCGUAAUACUGCUUUUAAUUUCAAUAAUCGGGAACCAACCUCGAAGAUGAAAAUCAUCAUCAACCAUGAAGAGUACUUUCACGAAUUUAGUCUCCGUACAUUUGUUAUAAAUACAUAAUUACUUCGUUGGCAAAGGCGCCGAAUUAAUUUAUGCUUCUUAUAGUUUGCGAUACACAGUUAAUCUGACAAUUCUUAGGCGAUUAUUACGAAAGUAAUUACAAAGUAAUUACCCAACGCAUGGUGGAACGCGACGACACCGGGAAACAAGGAAUGGCAGCUCUCGGUAUCGACAAUAAUAAACGCUGAGCGCGACCAAAUCUCGUAAAGGUCGAAUCGACCCCAGCGCCUUCGCGACGCUUUACGGUGAUUAUAAAGGCGGAUUAACGACGCCGUAAACGCGGUAAGCCUUUCACGAAUUGUCUGCCAGCCAGCAUCCCGAAGGUUCGCUUCGUAACCGGAGGGGGGAAUGCAAAUAAGCACCCUGGCCGAGGAGGGAAAUAGUCCUGACUUAACGAAACUCUCUCGCCUAAAAUAAAAAGGUUUGUCUCGAAGAGAACAGAGUAUACCGUGAGCAGACUAGGAAGAGGCAGACUUUCGUUACAGAAAAAAGGAUCAUCGAGAGCUGCCGUAACGCCAGACGCGACGUGAAAAGAUUUCCAAGAACUUUUAUAGAAAGAACUUGCCCUCACAAUUGUUUCGUCGCAUUCUGUCAUCGUCUCUUCUUCCAGAUGGUGUAGCGACUGCGAUGUGUUAGCGUAACAAAUGGGCAAAAUUUGAUUCGAAUAAUAGAGAAGAAAUAAAAACCAACGCUUAUUCGAUCAAACAGUAUUUGUACUUGUUCGUUGUAAAACUUUUCGUUUUAUAAAUCAAAUUCAAAUUCUUGUUCAACGAGUAACGAAUAAACGGUUGUUCAUUCUUUAUUCGUUGUUCUAUGUCUUUAUUCGAAUGAGAAUUUUGCCCAUCUCCGGUUAGCCUGAAAGACACGCAGGAUACCACAUGGAUCCAGAUGGUGCGCGAGGAACGCUCGUGCGUGACGUCGCGGAAGGGAGCGAGAUGCCGUCUCAGGUUCAUCGUAAACCGGCACGAUUUAAUAACGCAUUAUGUAAAUGUAAUAACAAACUCAGGAAAUCUGAAGCAGCCAGGCCGUGAUACUAUACUUAUAGAAACUACUACUACUACUACUACUACUACUACUACUACUACUA